AUGCGCAUUCUACGAGACAAGUCGCCGAACAAGUAUAUGGCGGUGAUGCGUUUUAGAAGACAGUCGUAUGCCGACCAGUUUUAUGAAGAGUACAACGGAAAGCCUUAUUCUUCUCUGAGUUUGGGAGAUGUACCGGAGCGAUGUCAUUUGGCAUUCGUUCAGCGAGUUGAUUUCAUUGAUUCCAAAUCGAAGCAGGGCACGGAGCCUCUGCAGUCCUUGUUUCCUAAUUUCAGCGGAAGUUAUAAAGAGAUUCCAACUUGUCCGGUGUGUUUGGAGCGUCUCGACAGCUCUUCCAGUGGUCUUUUGACCAUCCUGUGCGAACACACAUUUCAUUGCAACUGCCUCGCGCGAUGGAAGGAAGACAACGUCUGCCCAAUUUGCAGGUACUUGCAGCAGCCGACCAAUAACGGAAGCGUCUGUUCUAAGUGCGGCAUUCAAGACGACCUUUGGAUUUGCCUCCUUUGCGGUCACAUAGGGUGCAGCAGAUAUCGCGAAUCUCAUGCACGGGCGCACUAUCUUCAAACCUUUCACAACUACGCUCUUGAAGUCGAGACACAGAGGGUUUGGGACUACGCUGGAGACGGAUACGUGCAUCGCCUUAUCACAAACAAGACGGAUGGGAAAUUGGUCGAGUUGCCUUCUUCUCGUUCCAACUCCGAUGCUCGGUCCUCAUGCGAUCCGGACGUCAAAGAAAGCGCGCUUGAAAAGGCCGAAGCCGCGUCUAUAGAAUAUCAAUACCUCCUAGUGGCUCAGCUUGAGACUCAGCGUAUUUACUACGAAGAGCAGUUUGAAAAGCUUAAGAAAGUGGGAGACGAACAAACGGCCGACCUGAGGAAGCACCUGGAGAAGCUGCAGGAAGAAAAUCGAAGACUGGUGCAGAAGAACAAGCAAUUGGAGAGCGAGAAGCUGAAAAUUAUUGAAAGAGAGCAAAGCCUCGCCGAGAAAGUUAAAGAACAGACAGAAUAUUUACACGACUUGACCAUGUAUAUCGAGGCACAAAAGGUCUUACGAGAUCAGGGCGAGUUUGUUGAUGGACAAGUCUUUGUUCUUUCUAAUAGCGGGUCGCUGACGUCCAAAAAGUCGUCCAGUUCCUUGUCGACAGCCGGGCAGAGCGCCCGAAGGAGACCGAAGAGAAGCUGAAUUUUUUUCUCCGCAUUUCGUGGUACGCGGGGUUGCGCGCAAAAGCGAGCGCAUUCCGAAAGGCAAAAGCGGCUUCGAUUAGGGAUGGCGCGCAUCAGGAAGUUGCGGAUUCAGGCAAUCUGGUGCCGUGGAGCGAGAGGAGGCGAGCUUCUUUUGACAAGAGGAACGUGUGUGAAUAUGUGAUUUUCCAUCCGUUAGUUGAUUGGGGGAACAGGCACGUCGCUGUGUGUGUUUUCCCGUGUUUUGCGGCGUGGUCGUUUUAGAGUAUGUGGGAGAACAUUUUUUUGUCGUCUGCGAGAAGAGUGUAUUAUGCGUUGUGAUGGUUUUUUUUUCCUUCUAUGCACUGCGGGGCGUGUGGAGCCGAGGCGCCCCUGGUUGCAGUUGCUCUGACCAGCGCGGCGUUUUUCUGGCCGCAUCCGC